CAGUGGCGAGGGUGGGAGGAAAGCCGAGAGUGUGUGUGUGUGUGUGUGGAGGAGGGGAGAAAUGCUCCCUGAGGAGAGGCGCGUUCUGAUUGGGCCGCUCGUUUUCAACAGCCCGCCCCUAGGGUUGAGUCGCGUUUUUGAUUGGCCAGAGCGCCCCCUCCCAAACAGCGAAGGGGGAUGGGCGAGGGGCGGGGCGACGGAUGUCUCAGUAUGUGAGUUAGGCGCGCGACCGAGGAGGCGGCUUUAAAAGUGGUUGGCUCGUUCUUAGCGAGCUCUCUUCUUCUUCUUUAGUACCGUGAGCGCGCACGUUGGGUGACACGCGCUCCCGACUGUCAACGCUGAAGGGAAGAGGAAAACCGGCCCACUUAGGAAAAAGAGCACGCCCCGCCCAACUAGCGCCUUAUUAGCAUAGUCCCGCCUUGAUUGGCUUUUCUCUCACUGGCGUUUAGUUCAGUGUGCCGGCUGCUGCGCAUGGUCAAAGAUGGAGCGGGGCCUAGCAUGCGCAAUAGUGCGAAAAGGCCAACAGAGUGGCCAUGAUGGAUUUGGGCAACGUUGGCCGGAAUACUGCAGCAGGCUCCUGGGAACGCGGCGAGCACCAUAAAAAACUUCCGAGACUCGGGAGAAGCACUUCAUGGAUGCUAUACAGGCAUAUGCAAAGUUAUGCAAAUUUCAUAAAAGUAAGGAUUGAUGCCUGGGUUCUUGAAGGAAGCCUAGCUGGCGAACCUGAGCCAGCUGGCAGACUACCUCAUGAGGCAGUGAAUGCCCAGCAUUGGAAGGGAGAGAUUUGGACAGGCAUGCAAAUAAAAGAUGCAAUGGGUGGUUUGCUGGGACCCCUUUGUUUUUAACUCCUUAAAGAUGAAUGCAGUUACAACACCAUGCAUGUGAAAUCGAUUUCUUUGCAAAGUUGUGAAAACCUAACUAAGAGUAUUUGUGCCAAGGAAAGGGAGGGACUUGGGAGUAGUAAAGGGCUCUGUUCCACAGCAGAUAAGGGAACUAAAUACACUCCUUUAAAUAGGAAAGCAGAAAUGGAGAGAAGCCUUUUUCUUUUGAAAUAAGUGAGUCAUUAACGUUACCAACAACUAAGAGGAAUCAAUCCAACAGAAGAUCCUGUUUGGAGACUACCCCACAGGAAGAGGGUGGGGAAAAAGGCUGUUCUGUGGCAAAGGGGGGAAACUCCUACGACCCGUAGACUUAAAUUGCAGAACCCCAUCAUAACCUCAGGGGUCAGAGGUCAGCCCUAAAAUGCAGCACCCAGCUGUUAAAACAUCACAAAGUCUGGAAUCGUCUCAUGAAUUGGAGUUGUAGCACCAAGUGGAUUAGCCUGGCUGGUGCUGCUUCAGUCCUAUUUGGAUCCUGCAGCUUUGGCAGGGAUCAUGCCCUUUCUCACUGAGCCUUUGUGGUCCUCACCCCACAUCUGAACUUGAGAUGUGGAAGCAAACAACAACAGCAAAACAAAUCCCAUGUAGCAAGUUCAAAAGGGAGCAGACAGGCACUUCCCUUUUCUCCUGUAGCCACAUGAUGUGCUGUCCACAUUGGCUAUGUCAUGCUUUCUAGCUGUGAUCUCAGCUGCUAAGUGUGUGGACCUAGCCUGGUCUGAUCUUCAGGAAUGUUGGUGAGUGGAAGAUAGCUGCAGAGUGCAGAGUCCUUCCUGAGCCAAACUAGCGGUUCAUCUAACCCAGUAUUGUCUGCUCUGACUGGCAGCUGCUCUCAAGCAUCACAGGAUGGAUACAGUCAUGACAUUGGCAACUGUGUACAGUGUGGGAAUUGCCUCCAAACCCUACUUGAGCCUCCCUGAACUUUCUAAAGCAGAGAUAAGCAAUGCAGGGCUCUCCUCAUGUACCAGACCAUUAGCCAUGAGGGCUGCUACUAGUGUGAAUUGUAGUCCAAUAUCCAGAGGGCACCAUGUUGGCUAUUCUGAAAGCAGCUAGACAAGAAGUAUCAUAGAUAGUAAUAGCAAAUUCAUUUGCUGAGCGGUAAGCUUUGUAAAUGCUUUUAUUCAUUAUAUUUAUGUAGCCAAAUCCACAACAACCACACACAAAAGGAAGAAAUCGGCAGUCUCGGAGGAACCUGCAGGUUUGCAGAAAAAAAGGGGCAAGUAAAAGGGGAAAGAUCCUCCCCCCCAAAAAAAAACCAGUCCAAUGAAGACUGAAUAUGAUCAGUGGGCAUGGGAUGCUGGCUGUUAGAGUGGGGAACUGGGAACAGAAUAGAGGACCAUAGAAGAAGAUGUGGCUAGCUGCAUCUGCUUGUACAGGAGCAAACUACAUUGCAACAUUAAUUGUACUGUUUUAUCACGGAUGUGUUUGCUUCCAUGGGCUCCUUUGGGAGGAAGGGGAGGCUAUUAAAUAAAUAAUAAUAAUGUUAUAAAUAAUAAUAACAUUUAGUUGCAGGGGCCACUUGGGUGACAUAUAAUAAUAAAAUGUAGAAUUGCAACAUGAGAGGAUACAACUUUUCUCAAAGUAACAUAAAAAGCAAAAUCAUAAGAAACCCACAACCCUUUCCAAAUGAUCCCUGCCCCAAAGAUCCUCCAAUUUAAACUUCAGCAGCAGAAGAGGGGAAGUCAGCAAAGCACAUGUGGAAAUCUUGUUCUAUGUACUCAGUCUUCAAUUGUAGAUGAGGACCUGGGUGUCAAAGCUGAGCCAAAUGUUUUAUGGGGGGAAAUGGCUUUGCUCUAAGAAGCUCUGUGAAUAAGAGAAUUUGGGGCCUAUUUGAUUCUAACCGCCUUCCCACCCCUUUCUGUUUCUGCAAAAGAAGUUUUGAAGAUGGGCCUGAAAAUCCUCCAACCUCUCUUCUUUCAGGUCAAUUGGAUGCAAUUUUGCAGACCUCCUUUGCUGGAGCACCGGUGUGUCUGCCAAGCUUCCUUUGGUCACCAUGGCAGCGAAGAAGGACGGUUGCCUAGCAACACAAGGAGCUCCAACCUGUGCCAGCUGGGAUAGGCUGGCCGAAAAGCCAGCGCCUCUUCCCCCUCCUUGCGCAUUGGCUGCUUGGAAUGACACUCGUGCAAAGAGUGUUUAUUUAACUGCCCACAGAUUAACUUGUGAGAACCUGGGAGGAAGGCAGAAGAAGCAUUUUGCUCCCAGGUAUGUUUGCCUCCACCUUUCUCUUCCACCAUACAAACAGUUGUUCACUUGUCCACCCAAACAGCAGAGACCACCCUCACUCCGCUGCCAAGAAAUGUAUGCCUCAUGUAUAAGGAUGGCCCUCCGGAAUCUCCCCAUCAGUACCAGUUUUAAGAUCUUUUUUGAACGUCAGGAGUUGGAAUGCACCAAAAAUAUUACAAUGUUGGUUCAUCUUUUCCCUUUUGCAGGCUGUGGAGAACGUGCAAGGAUGGCCCCCACCAAAAAAGGGAAGGGGAAAAAAUCAGCAAAGCAGAAGAAAAACACUGGGCCAGGUAAGGCUUUAUGCAGCAUGCAGGAGAUUCCAGCAGCCCCACGCCUUGCAAAUUCCCGUUUCCAUGUGCCUUGCAUCUCUUGGGAUUUGAGACUGCCUUUUACAUACGCCAUUGUUUCAACUGUUUUUGUACCUAUGCCACUGCUUUUUGUGUUUACCUGCGCAAUUGGUUGACGUUUUAUAUAUGCAAUACUUUUAUCUGUUUGUCAUUGUUUUGUGAAAGCGCUUCAGGUUGCUUCCUAGGAAACAAUUCAUAAAUUAAAUAAUAACAAGGGCGCAUCGAUCAGGAGGUCUCAGUAUCAGUGGCGAUUAGUACCCAGCCGAAGUCUUUCAAUUUCUCUCUCUCUCUCUUUCCUUCUCUCCGCAGAUGAGGAAAAGUACAGAAAAGCAGUGCUGGAGGUUGAUACCUUAAAGCAGCACCUUGGUAAGGAGAAUUUGUUGAAAUUGCGCAAGGGCCUUAAGAGGUUACAGCAGAGGCGGCAUUUUUGGAAGGGUCAGGUAGAAGGACUGCCAAGCUUUCUAUGCUAAUCUUAUAGGAAGCUGCCUUAUACCACUUCAGACGGUUGAUCCAUCUUAGGGUCUACAUGCUAGGACUUGGAGACCAGGGUUCAAACUCUCACUCAGCCUUGAAACUUACCUUGGAAGCCAGUCACUGCCUCUCAGCCUAGCCUACCUCAAAGGGUUGCUGUGAGGAUUAAACAGGGAUGGGGAGAACCCUGUACACCACCUCAAGUUCUGUGGAGAAAAAUGAUGGGAUACAAAUACAGUACAAUACAAUACAGUGGUACCUCAGGUUACAUACGCUUCAGGUUACAGACUCUGCUAACCCAGAAAUAGUACCUCGGGUUAAGAACUUUGCUUCAGGAUGAGAACAGAAAUCGUGCUGCGGCGGUGCGGCGGCAGCAGGAGGCCCCAUUAGCUAAAGUGGUGCUUCAGGUUAAGACCAGUUUCAGGUUAAGAACGGACCUCCGGAACGAAUUAAGUACUUAACCCGAGGUACCACUGUAUACUGGCUGGCAGUAGCUCUCCAGGGUUUCAGGCAAGGAGUCUCUCCAAGCCCUAUCUGGAAAUUCCAGGGAUUGAACCCGGGACCUUCCUCAUGCAAAGCAGGUCUCUUACACUGAGCUAUGACCCUUCGCUGAACAAAGGCGCCAAGGGUUUGCCAGCAUGGCUGUCUGGACCAGACUAGUAGCAGGACUGCUGUCCCUUUCUGAUCCACCCCCUUCUUGGUUGACCAAUCCAAGCAUUUUUAUGGAGAAGUGAAAAUGGGAAGUAGUUUCCAAGUGCAUUGCGAAGCAAAGUGAUUGCCACGCAGUCCUUUUAAUAAAGGACCCCAAAAUGAGUACUCUGCUGGGAGUAAUUUUUAAAUACUUUGCAUUAUAAUUGCGGCAGAUGCAGCUAAGUAGAGCACAUGCAAAACAUGGGCAAGCCCCCAAGUUCAGUCAUCAGCACAGUGCUUUUCUUUGGGGGGGGGUACGCAUACCCCUAAACAUUUUGUGAAUCUAAGUUUGGCCUUUCCCAUAUAAAUAGGAAAAUGAGAGUACCCCUUCUAUCGUAUGAAGAGCUCUGUGUAACGCAAAAGCUUGCAUGCUCAAACACUGAGAUCAUGAGCCGGAGUGUUAUUGGCUGUGCCUCAAGUCCAAGAGGCUCACUUGUCCACAAGAAGAAAUGGAGCCUUUAGUGUCACCAGCCAAGUAUUUUGGAAUAAUCAGCCAACAGGUACUUUCAACAGGCACCCUCCUUUUAAAAACCUUUCUAUCGUGCCAUGCCUAUGUAGGCAACUAAGGAUGCAUCUUUCCACAAUAGUUAAUUGAGGUUUGAUUUUCAUUCUGAUUUUUUAUUUUUCAAAAAAUGGUUUUUAUUGCUUAGUUUUAUGUACUAUUGUAAACCACUCUAUAGUUACCAUGAAAUAGCAGUAUAUAAAUAUUCAUAAAGACAAAUACAGUGGUACCUCGGGUUACGUACUUAAUUCGUUCCGGAGGUCCGUUCUUAACCUGAAACUGUUCUUAACCUGAAGCACCACUUUAGCUAAUGGGGCCUCCUGCUGCUGCCGCGCCGCCAGAGCACGAUUUCUGUUCUCAUCCUGAAGCAAAGUUCUUAACCCGAGGUACUAUUUCUGGGUUAGCGGAGUCUGUAACCUGAAGCGUAUGUAACCUGAGGGACCACUGUAAAGCAAGCCAGUCCAGGAAAGGUACACCUUUUAGUUGUUUUGCCCUCUCCGAUAUGGAGAUAAUCAUUUGUACAAAGGAUCUGGGGAGCCAAAUGAGAAAAUAGGCAUUGAGCCUCGAUUGGAUACAUUUGCAUGUUUGCUGUGUUUAUUCUUCUGACUUGCAGUUCUCCGGAGGGAUAUGGCCAGGCAGGCGAUGGCUGACAGUGAAGGACUCAAGCAGAGGCUGCUAGAUUUGGAGAAAGAACUGGAGGAGGCUCGAGGGGACAAAAAAGAUAUUUAUGAAGGUGGGGGGCUCUUCCAGAUGACCUCUUCAUUGAGUAUUGUUGUACAUGCCCCAAUCUCUGAGCAACAAGACACUCCAGGGAUGCUUUCACCUUUCCAGAGUUUGGCUGCCUUGGAAUGAAGGCCAAUGGAAACCCUGGUAUCUUUAGGGCAUAUUGUUUUAUUUACACAUAUGUGCAACUUGAUCUUUCCUCCCCUUCAGCUUCUCUGGGAGAUUCCCCAAGCCGUAACUUUGGGUUUGGCACACAGCAAGACCAGUCUCUCAUGUCUCUAGCUUCCAGCAUCAGCCAAAAUAUAUGCAUACACAGCACCCCUUGGGCUCUUGUUCUCCCUCCUAGGAUGAUGUGGCAUCCAGCCAGGUGAGGUGGGAAAAGGUCCACCCACUCGUCUCUAUGGCAGCAGGCAACCUCUUUGGACAUGUAAAUGGCAGUACUUAACUGGCCAGCCAAGGCCAUUACCUUAACAAAGGAACCAGUUGGUUCCUUUGUAUUCUCUGUAUCCUUUGUAUCCUCUGUAUUCUCACAGAUACAGGGUCACAGGUCUGGAAGGGACCCACAGGCACCAUCUAGACUGAGCCCCUAAACCUAUAACAGUACUCACCCUGAUUUAUUUGCAGGGAGAUUAGGUGACGUUGUGUCAAAACAAACAUUACCCCACACUACCCAGUGCAUCUUCCUAUCACUUUCCUUAUCACAAAACUCUGGUCUUCAGGGGGAAGUGGGUUUCUUGUGCAAGACUUUCCAAUCAACCUGAAUUGUGCAACUUGCAAUAUGCUGCUAUGUGACUGAAUUCUAUCCCCAAAUAGUAACUUUCUGAAAGUGCAAUGUGUCUGUAGUUGAGUGCCAUGCCCAGACCCUGCAAUGAAGAGAAGAGCUUCAACAGAAGAUUUGAAGCAGCAUUCAAGGGUCAAUUUUGACCCUCAAGGGGCUCAGUAAGGUAAAGGGACCCCUGACCAUUAGGUCCAGUCGUGACCGACUCUGGGGUUGCGGCGCUCAUCUCGCUUUAUUGGCCGAGGGAGCCAGCGUACAGCUUCCGGGUCAUGUGGCCAGCAUGACUAAGCCACUUCUGUCGAACCAGAGCAGCGCACGGAAACGCCGUUUACCUUCCCGCUGGAGCGGUACCUAUUUAUCUACUUGCACUUUGACGUGCUUUUGAACUGCUAGGUUGGCAGGAGCAGGGACUGAGCAACGGGAGCUCACCCCGUCACGGGGAUUCGAACCGCCGACCUUCUGAUCGGCAAGCCCUAGGCUCUGUGGUUUAACCCACAGCAGCACCCGCAUCCCUUAAGGGGCUCAGUAGUUUUGCCUUAUUUUGAUUUUCCUCUUUGGGCAUCAAACCCGUUACUCAGCGGUUCCCUUUCCACUUGACUGGUGCAGUUGUGAGAUUUUCUGCAAAUCAGCAGUAUUGUCUUUCCAAGGGGGUCUCUGGCAUCUACCUGCCACUUUACUCAGUCUCCAAAUGCUACAUUCACAUGGCCUUGGGGUGUGGGGGAUGCUUCCUAUUAGUAGGGAGAGGAUUGUUCAUUUUCCCGUACCCCAAUUAUCAGCACACAUUCCUGCCCUGCUUAACUCCUUGCUCCUCGUUUUGUUCUCUGUUGCACCUUCACAAUGUACAGUGGUACCUUGAUACUUGAACGGCCUGGCUUCCGAACAAAUCGGCUCCCGGACGCCACAAACCCAGAAGUGAGUGUUCCAGUUUGCGAACGUUUUUCGGAAGCCAAACAACCAACAAUGCUUCUGCGGCUUCCGCUUGAGUGCAGGAAGCUCCUGCAGCCAAUGGGAAGCCACACCUUGGUUUUCAAAUGGUUUCGGGAGUCGAACGGACUCCCGCAACGAAUUAAGUUCAAGAACCAGGGUAGUACAUGCCUGUGUACAUCACUUUCUCUGUCCACUUCAUUAAUCGGAUGUGGGCAGAAGAAGUUCAUGACGCAGUAAGCCAGUUGGCCUUUGCAAGACGCUUCCUCAGGAAAACGCAAUUACAGGAUGUUGGCUUUGAAAAGUUCAGAUGAAGGUAGCGUUUCCCUCCGCAGCUAACACUGUGGUAUAUCAUUCUGCACACAGACCCUUUGCGACUCUUAUCUGCUUUUCCCCCCCUCCUCCCUGCCCAGCAAAACUUCUCUUGUAAGCACAUAGAGGCAAGGAUUUUUUCCCCGUGUUUACCUUCUGUUAAACCAGAUAGACUUGAUGCUACAAAUCAGGGGUGGAGAACCUGCCCCCACCCCCCUCAAGAGGCUUCCCAUCAUCAUUAGCCAUGUUGACUGGGGCUGAUGCAAGUGGGAAUCCAACACUGUCUGGAGGUUCCUCCAUCCCAACUAUAAAUCUUAGGCCUGUUAAUGAAGGGCAAGGGUGUUGGAUGAAGCGAUCGUUUCCUUCUCCCAUCUUGCGUUCCAGAGAUGAUCCGCAAGUACCAGCAGCUUCAGCACCAGACUGAUACCCGGAUCAAUCGUUUAGAAGUGGAGACGCAGAACUUGCAAGCACAGCUUGGUAUUUCUCUCUCUCUCUCUCUCUCUCUCUCUCUCUCUCUCUCUCUCUCUCUCUCAUAUACACACCCACACCCACACACACACACCCUUGGCCUUGGAGAUGAUCACACAUGGUAUGGUUGUAGCAACUGUUCUUUGCCCAUGUUCAUCUUUCAGUUAAGGACUGUGGGGGAAAACAAGUUAAAAAGUGAUACUCUUCAUUUGCAAACUCUCUCUCUCUCUCUUUUUGCACCUGGAAUCUGUGUGUGGGGUAUGGGGGUGGAGUGAGGAUGAAUCUUAACCCUCCAAACCUUGAGAUGGAAAUCAUUUUGCCUAAUUCUGUUACAAGCCCUUCUAAGCUUGCGUUAAGGGAAUACAUUCUGGCACAUUUUGCUACAUUUUGCCACUUAAAAACAGUAGAAAAUAGAUGUUCUCAAGCCCCAUUAUAUGCCAUCCCCCAAACUUCUUAGUUCUCUGUUCUGAGAUGUUUGUCGCCUGCUGUCUUAGGAACGUAAGAAAUGGCCUUAUAACAAGUCAGACCACUGUUCCAUCAAGCUCAGCAUUGCUACACUGACUGGCAGCAGCUCUCCAGAGCUUCAGGCAGGGCUUUCUCCUAGCAAAACCUGGAGAUGCCGGGGAUUGACUUUGGGGGCUUUUGUGUGCGAAGUCGGAGCUCCACCACUUAGCUAGAGGCCUUGGAAGGUCCCCUCUCUGCUUUUCCUUCCCACACAUAUUUGUCUCCUUUUUCUCCUUGCCCAACACUUUCUGCCCUGCAGCUGCCUGCCAAGGUGAUCUGCUACAAAGCCAGCUGGACCAGGCAAGGAUGCUGGAAGAGAAGGACAAGGCUGUGGCCGAGAUGCAGCGCAAGGUUGACGAGAUGGAGACAGAAUAUGAAAAAAUCCUGCAUGUGAGUUUGGGUGGGUGGCGGGUCACAGAUUGCAAAGAAGAGAUAAUGGGUGCAGCUUGUGGGCCAUUAUCUAAAGCUCAGGGAGAGGGAGUGUCUUAUUCCCACAGGUGUGAGUCUCUAGGUGCCAUGCAUCCCUUUCUGUGGCUCAUGGCCUGCUUUCAAACACAGAGACUGUAGGGUAGUGCCCCUUUGAUCUGUUACCAGCUAUUGAAAUAGAGCCAGCUUUUAGAAAUAAAAUGGUAAAAAAUAAUAAUGGCUUGCUCUGAAACAUGCCCGAUGAAGUGUUCUGUGCAACUCAGAAGCUUGCUUCCAGCAUUCUGAGUGUUGUUGUGUCCAAACAUGAAAUUCUUGGGUACAUAUUCUUGCUGUUCUGCAGCAGCAGCUGUUCAGUCGUGUGCAGCUACAGAACUGGAAGGAUGCCACACUUUUGGUCGCCAUCCCUUGGUGCCAAACGCACCCCUCAUCCUGCCUCUGACUUCUCCUUUCCGCAGGGUAGCCUGGACUGCGUCCUCUCCAAACUGCAAAGUGCCAAGCUCACCUGGGAGAAGGAGGCUACUGUCAUCCACAUGGACUAUAAGCACCAGCUGAAGGACUUUGGUCUUAAUCCAUUGUACAUCUGAAGGGAGGGGUCAUCAGAGCAUGUGCCACCCACCUCCUACCUAAUCCUCAACUCGGUUUGAUAUUGUGACUUCAGCUGCUAUCAGCCCCCAAAUGUGGAGGAAUAAUAAAGAGUGUGUCUGAGCACAUGCAGAGUGC